UCUGACAGAGGUAAACCGUCAGAUGUCAUGAUCCAGAAUACUACCAUCACCACAAUUGACAUAACUGAGGAUAACAUGUCUGACAUAGAAAGUAAAAAAAAUAAUGUUGACAAAAAUGUACCAGAAAAAGAAGAACCAGUAAAUGAGACUGUAAGAAGUACUCGCUCCAAAAUGAGACAGAACAAAAAACAGAUGCCAACACAAGAUGUCACUGAUAGUCAAACAAGUGAAUCUGCAGAACCAGAAGUUAAAAAGAUCAAAAGCACUCGUACUAAAACUAUCAAGAAUAAUAAAAGAAAUAGAUCCAAUUCAUCUGAUCAGGAGAAAGUGAGAGAACAAGAGAGAAAAAAAUCUAAAUCAUCUUUUGAUCAGGAAAUGAACAAGACCCCCCAAAGUGAAUAUGAAGAUGCUAUUUCUUCCAUGGAGCCUAAUCAAGAGGAAUCACAACCGGCUAAUGCUACCUAUAUAGCCUCUGUAGAUGCUCCAUUGCCCAUUCUGAACCAAACCGUGGUCUUAGAAAAUCACAAAACUGUCCAAAAAGAUGAUGGAAAUGAGCCGGAGGUAAAGUCAAAGCAACCCAAGGAAAAAGUACCUUUUACUCCACCAAAACCUAAAUCUAAGAAGAAAACGAAGGAGAUAUUUAGUCCGUUUGAGAAAACCCCUUUGAAGAAGAAAGUUGAGGCAUUCGAAAAACUCCAGAGUGAGGCCAGCAAUAUUCCCGUCAAGAUAAAGUCUAAAAUUUCAUCAGCAGAUGAAAGAGAAAAUAAUCGCGUAUCUGGUAAACCUAAAGCUUUUACUCCUUUCUCGUCGAAAUUUUUACCAAAGACCUGCAGCACCUCAAAAAUUAAUAAAGUUCACCCUGGAAAACUGCUUGAUGUCACAACGAAUCACAGUGACAGCAUACUAUCAGCAAAGAGCCUCAGCGCCUUGAAAGCUUCCCAAGCAGAGUUUAAGGAGAGAGAAAAAAGAAGACAAGAGAAAGAAAGUGAGGCUUUGAAAAAACGCGAGGCUCUUUUACUGGCACAGACUGA